ACGUUCACGUUUAGAGUAUAAAUAAAUAGAAAUUGGUUGUAAAAUUAAGAUGACGCCGGAGGAAACUAUAGAGAGAUUUAAGCUUUUAGGCCUUAACGAACAAAAGGCAAAAGAAACAUUGAAAAACGCCAACGUAACCAAGUAUUUACUUGCCGCAUUAAAUGAGGUGGACGUAGCGAAAUUGCCAGCUGGCGCCGGAAUGUUGAUAUACCAUCUGGCAACAAAGAUCAAGCCGCAGAUUGCCGAUAAACUAGCAUUUGUUUGCGAUUUCAUCGCUAAAGGCAAGCUUGACUCGACUCUGAGAGUUGAUGCAGCCUUAGAGUACCUUAUCAGUCAUGUGAACGAGGGCAAUGUAGACGUCAGUGCGUUUGAACAAGCCUGCGGCGUUGGUGUCGUGGUCACGCCGGAGCAAGUCGAGCAGGCUGUGGAGAAACACAUGGCGCAGUACAAAGCAGAGUUGUUGGAGAAAAGGUACAGGUUUAAUGCUGGUAUUGUAAUGCAAGCCGUGCGAGCAGACCUACCAUGGGCUGACGGAAAAGCCAUAAAGAAUGAAGUUGAUGUUCAGAUUUUAGAUCUGUUGGGCCCUAAAACGGAAGCAGAUCUAGCUCCUCCACCAAAAGCAGAAAAGAAACCGAAGGGAGACGCCAAGAAAGCCGCCAAGAAAACAGAUGAUAAAGCAACAAAAUCAGCGGAAAAACCUGAAUCAUCAGAUGACAUUGGCGGUGCUACAUCUAUCUCAGAGUUGAUGAAAAAGUUGCCAUUCCAUGCUCCUGGCGAGAACUUCAAGUCUGAUGGUUAUGUCGUUACAAAUGAUACUAAACGAUUACUUGAGGAGCACCUUAAAAUUACUGGUGGAAAAGUGAGGACCAGGUUCCCUCCUGAACCAAACGGUAUUUUACAUAUUGGACAUGCAAAAGCCAUUAAUAUUAAUUUUGGUUAUGCGGCUGCUCAUGAUGGUAUCUGCUUCCUAAGGUAUGAUGAUACCAACCCUGAGAAAGAGGAGGAAAAGUUCUUUGUGGGUAUCAAAGACAUGGUGGAGUGGUUAGGUUACACCCCAUACAAAAUCACCCACUCAUCAGAUUACUUUGACCAGCUAUAUGAAUGGGCGGUUCAGUUGAUUACCAAGGAUCUUGCCUAUGUGUGCCAUCAGAAGUCCGAGGAGAUCAAGGGUUUCAAUCCACCACCUUCACCUUGGAGGAAUAGGCCUGUUGAAGAAAGCUUGCAACUAUUUGAGGACAUGAAAAAUGGGAAAAUUGAUGAAGGAGAUGCCACCUUACGAAUGAAGAUUACCCUUGAAGAAGGUAAACAGGACCCUGUGGCUUACAGGAUAAGGUUCAAGCCUCACCACCGAACUGGGCACAAGUGGUGUAUCUACCCUACCUAUGAUUACACUCACUGUUUAUGUGACAGUAUAGAGCACAUCACCCAUUCAUUGUGUACCAAGGAGUUCCAAUCAAGGAGAUCAUCCUAUUACUGGUUGUGUAAUGCUCUGGGCAUCUAUUGUCCUGUGCAAUGGGAGUAUGGUCGUCUCAACGUAAACUACACUGUGGUGUCUAAGAGGAAAAUUGCCAAACUUAUUGAUGAAAAGAUUGUUAACGACUGGGACGACCCAAGACUGUACACUCUGACGGCGCUGCGGCGCCGCGGCGUGCCGGCGUCGGCCAUCAACUCGUUCUGCGCGGCGCUGGGCGUGACGGGCGCGGUGGGCGCGGUGGACCCCGCCAUGCUGGACGCCAGCAUUCGAGAUGUACUCAAUAAUACGGCGCCUAGAGUCAUGGUAGCACUGGAGCCGUUGAAAAUAACAAUAACGAACUUCCCUAGCGACAAACCCAUACAAGUUACAGUACCAGACUUCCCCAAUGAGCCUGACAAAGGCACUCACACAGUCACACUUAGUAAAGUCCUUUAUAUUGAAGCCACGGACUUUAAGGAAGAACCCGAGAAGGGGUACCGGCGGCUGACGCCGAAACAAACCGUGGGCUUGCGACAUGCUGGCUAUGUUAUUAAGGUGUCUAAAGUAAUCAAGAGCGCAGACGGAAAAGUUACCGAAGUAGAAUGUACCGCGGAAACGUCUGAAUCCGCUGAGAAACCGAAGGCUUUCAUUCACUGGGUGUCCGAACCAGUCACUGUCGAAGUCAGAUUAUAUGAACCUCUAUUUAAACAUAAAAACCCGGAGGAUCCAAGCGAGGUGCCUGGCGGGUUCCUGUCAGAUUGCCGCGAAGACACGCUGAAGAUCGUCAACGCUUAUGCCGAUGCUUCUCUCAAGGGAGCCAAGGUCUACGACAAGUUCCAGUUUGAGAGAAUCGGCUUCUUCUCCGUAGACCCUGAUAGCACUGCCAACCAUAUGGUGUUCAACAGAACCGUUUCUCUCAAAGAAGAUACAGGAAAAUAAAUACUUUUAAAUGUAAUGAAAUUAUCAACCAUUUUCUAUUUAAUAAAUUUUUAAUAUUUAUUAAGAAACG